CAUCUCUGUCUCUCUCACACUCUCUCUCCCCCCUCUGAUUAUUCCGUUUCUCAUCAUUUCUCUCUCUCUCUCUCAAGUCGCAGUUCCCUAUAUAAUCCUCUCCUCUCUUUCUUAAGACCCUCCUUGUCCUACGUUUCUAUCUCCAUCUACGUAUGCGUAGAGAAUUCUGUGUCUAUAGCAUACUCCUGUAAGUUUUGGAACUUCUUCGUUCGUUUUGUUCUUCUAGUUAGAGAUACCGGCGAUGUCAAUCGUGGUGGAGAGGGGCAAUAGUAAUACGACUGGUACUACGACUGCGACUGCGGCCUCUACCGCGGCUGCUGCCAAUCAUAUUAAUGGUAAUAGUUACGGGCUUGAUCAUCAUCUGAUCGGACGGUCUGGACUUGGUGGACAGAGAGUGACGUGUUUCUCGAUGUAUGCUAAUGGAAAUAAGCCGCCGGCACCGGAGUUAGGGGCAGCCGGCGCCGGAGUUGGAGCGGGGAGGAAGGAGGUGGAGGAAGAGGAUGAGGGUCGGAGUGGGGAGUCAUCGUCGUCGACUUCUUCGAUUGGGAGGAAUAGUGAUGAGGAGUCAUCGGCUGGACGGUCGUCGGAAGCCGGCGACGGUGAGGAGGUGCAGAGUGAGUAUAAAGGCGGAGCUUUGGAUAGUCUCGAGGCGUUAGAGGAGGUCUUGCCUAUCAAGAGGAGCAUAUCACAAUUUUAUUGUGGUAAAUCCAAGUCUUUUACCAGCCUAUCAGAUGCUGCAAAUUGUUCGUCCAUGAAAGAUAUUGUAAAGCCAGAAAAUUCUUACACCAGGAAACGCAAAAACUUGCUUGCCUGUAAUAAUUUCUGGGAUAAGAAUCGCAAUGGCAUUAGAAGAAAUAACAGCGGUGGGAUAUCAAAGAGAGCAGCAGGCUCUAGAAGUUCAUUGGCUCUUGCAGCAUCCAUGGGCUGUACCGAGAGCAGCAAUAACAGCGAUAGCUCCAACUCAAAUUCACCAUCUCGUGGCAUUUGUCUUCCUCCUUUGCCACCACAAGCAAGAAGAUCACUGUACAAUGACUCAUUGUCACCUCCGGGACAGAAGUUUUCUCCUUGGAGGUCCUUCUCUUUAUCUGAUCUGCAAGGUGCAACUGCAACCCCAAGCAUCUCUGGGAUAAUGGUCAAUAAUAGACACGUAUAGGACAGUUGAGUCAAUGAUCUUAUGUGUUUUUCAUUGUCACCCUAUGAAUCUAAUUUGGAUAUAUGUUCAUGGAGGUGGAAAUCUUUGUAAGCGCUUUGUACUUAUCAUCAUAGAUGUACCGACUUCUGGCCAGCUUCAAAAUGUAACUGAUAUGCUAUUGUCAUAGCAGUCGCUCCUUUGACAAGCAUUUAGUUUGUUAUAUAUAUGAAGUCUUAUUCCCAUAAUA